AUGAUUUCAGUAUUUGAAGAAGCUGAUCGCCAAGCUAAUCCAAGCUCGGAAUUUUGACAGGAAUGCAAUUUUUCAAACAUUUCUGAUUUACAAAACCACACAGUUUUUGAAGGUGAGCUUGAAAUUUUAAAAAAUCAAAAUUACCUCAAGGCAAAAAAGUUUGUACUCACAACUACUUCUUUAUACGCUUUAUCUAAAUCCAACCAAAUCAAAAAAUACGCGUUUAUUGCGUGCAAAACUGUUCAACCAUUUACAGAGGAGAAAGGAGCAGUAAAGAGAUUUGGAUUUAGGCUGGGCAAAGGAAGUAUUUUCUACGAUUUUUAUGCACAGACAAACAAAGAGCUAGACUUGUGGCUGAAUUUCCUCAAUUCAAUUUGCAUUUUAUCAGACAUAGAAGAGGAUUAUGUGAUUAUCAAAAAAAUUGGCAAAGGGAAUUACGCAAAGGUAUAUUUGGUCCAAGAUGUAGAUAACUAUGAAGAGUUCGCUUUGAAAUCGAUUUCAAAGAAAAAACUAUUAAAUAGUACUAGAGGGGUCUCAGCAGUCGUCAAUGAAAUUAAUAUAAUGAAAAAACUACAUCAUCCCAACCUGGUCGCAAUUCACAGAGUCUAUGAAAGCGAAAAACAUGUAAAUUUGAUAUUAGACUAUGUCAAAGGAGGAGAUCUGUUCCAAAGACUGCUGAAGAAGGUCACCUUUUCAGAAUACAAUGCAUGCUGUUUCAUCAAAAAUCUGUUGGAGGCAUUAAGCUAUAUGCAUGAGUUAAAAAUUGUUCACAGAGAUCUGAAACCAGAAAAUAUUCUAAUGAUGUCCAGCGAAGAUGACACAAAAAUCAAACUUGUCGACUUCGGGCUCGCCUGCGAAAUAAAAAACAAUGGAUUUUUGAAAUGCGGGUCACCUGGAUACGUAGCUCCUGAAAUAUUGAGAAAUAUGCCCUAUGGGACCAAGAUUGACGUUUUUAGCGCUGGGGUCAUUCUCUACAUUAUCUUAUGUGGGAGAGUCCCAUUUGCUGGAAACGCACAGCAAGACGUGCUUCAGCAAAAUAAACAGUGCAAAAUUUACUUCAAGCCAAAACACUGGAAAAAUAUCUCAAAAGCAGGGAUAGACUUAGUACUGAAAAUGACUGAUCCUAACCCAGGCACACGAAUUAGUGCUAAAGAAGCUUUAGAGCAUCCAUGAAUUCGUAAGCAGCAGCCAUCAUCUGCGAGUUUUGAUGCGCUUUCACAGUCUCAGCCCAUCAAUUUGAAUUCAGAUGGAUUAAUUUCGCAUGCGAUGAUGGAAAGAAUAAAUAACACAACAAGAGGAGUGACAAAUUAUCUGCCCUUACCUGUUCCUUUCGUAGGAACGAACACUGAAUCAAGAGAAGAAAUUCCAGCCAGUACGAGUAGAGCGUUUCAGCUUUUAUUGAAGCUGAGAGAAGACGAUACAACGAGAAACUAA